AUGGCCCCAACAGCCCCCAAAAAACGCCCCUCCAUCCGCGCAAAAUCCAAAUCAACAACCUCAACCACCACACCCACAACCUCCACCCUCACCCGUCGCCGUCCCUCAGCAGUAACAUCCGACAAAUUCAUCUCCUCCAAACGCGACAAACGCCUCAUAAAAUCCAACUCCUUCGUCUCCCGCAUCGAAAAGACCGGCAGCAAAAAACCCCUCAAGCGACGGCGUCCCAGCAAGAAACUCGUCGCUAAUCUAGAGAGUUUGGUGGAUGCCCUGCCUGAUGUGGGAGAGAUAGAGAAGGGGGAGGUGGAUACGGGGGAGAGGGUGAAGAUGACGAGUUUGACUAGUGGGAGGGGGUUGAUGAAACGUAGGAAGAAGGUGGAGGGGAGGGAACGCGAGAGGUUUGGGAAGAAUUUGGGGGUGUUGAUGGCUGCCGGGAAGGGGGAGGGGGAGGGGGAGAAAAGGGUGGUGGCUAGUAGUACGGCGAGUAGGUUUAAGGCGCUCAGGAAUUGGAUUGGGGAGACGAUGGAGAAGGAGAAGGCUUUUGAGGGGGCUGAGUGA